AUGAUUAAUGCUCUUCUUUCUUCCAGACGGAGAGAUGUUCUCUCGGUGACUCCAUGGCUAGCGCCGAUUGUAUGGAAUAGACUCUACAAUAUAGACAUACUCAACGCACAAUUCCACAAGAGAAGAGUUCGCAUUGGACUGACUGUGUUUGCUAUUAGAAAAUACACCAAGUAUAUUGAACAUUUUCUGGACACAGCUGAGAAGUUUUUCAUGACUGGACACCGGGUCACUUAUUAUGUAAUGACCGACCAGCCCGCUGCCGUCCCCAACAUUACACUGGGUGAAAAGAGAAAUCUGGUUGUCCUGGAGGUGCCGGCCUACAAAAGAUGGCAGGACAUCACCAUGAGGAGGAUGCAGAUCAUUCGAGACUACAUCCAUGAUCGGUUCAUCAAUGAGGUGGACUAUCUGGUGUGUCUAGAUGUGGACAUGGAGUUCAGAGGGGAGAUUGGGGUUGAGAUCCUCAGUGAUGUUUAUGGUGUCAUGCAUUCAUGUUAUUUCACAGCGUCUCGCAAGGAGUUCACCAAUGAAAGGCGACCUGAGUCUGCAGGUUACAUCCCUGAAGACGAGGGCGAUUUCUAUUACACAGGGUCCCAUUUUGGAGGCACGGUGGAAGAGAUCUACAAGUUGACGAACCAUUGCCACCACGCCAUGCUGGCCGAUAAAGACAUAAACAUAGAAGCUCUUUGGCAUGAUGAGAGUUAUCUCAACAGAUAUUUCCUGUAUUACAAACCCACCAAGGUCCUGUCUCCAGAGUAUUCCUGGACCUACGUCUGUGGAGACCCGGCCGUGGUGGAGAAGAAGAGAUUUAUCGUUUUACCUAAAGAAUAUGACAAAGUACGUGACAACCCGUGACGCUCCACACAGCGGAUUGGCGAUUGAG